GAUGGGGUGCCCUGAUACCGAAAAUAUGCUGUUGUAUAUUUUUUCAAACGUCCGUCCGUCUGAUGCGGCUUGCAAGAUGUGGCAAGUUCGUAUAGCUAACCGAGACCGAAGGAAAGGGGAAUACGGGAAAGUCUGUGCCUUUCUGUACCCUACUAGUUUUUCAGUUAUACACCUUAUAGUGCGGCAUUCACGCCAUUAAGAGCACUGCCCGUAGCUAACGCGGGUUGCUGGAAUUAAAGGAAUUUUCUCCUAAAGAAGAAAGGAAAGAGAUUUGUUUCGUCCUGAAGAAAAUCCGCAUAGUAGUCUUUCAAAUUUAUUUCCGAUAAUGGAUAAUACCGAGAAAGAUAAUGUUGAAUCUAGGCAUAGAAAAGAAAAAAAGGAGCUACAAGGUAGAAUCCAACUUCUUAAGAAAACUGCCACCAAGGGUGACAAAAAGAAAAAAAAAGAAGUAUCUGAUGAAAUUGCACGUCUUGAACAAGAGCUUGAGAAAAAGCAUUCUGAAGAAUUGGCACAAUUGGAGGCAACAGACACUUGCACAGUGAAUUCUGAAUUAAAUGACAUGGUAGAAAAUUUGGAAAGAAUUCCUAGUAACUUUAAGGAAGUUCCCAUGCGAGUGACUAAGGCACAAAAGAGGAGAGACAAGAAAGCACAGCAUGAAAAAGAGAGAGAACAAGAAAUUAAAGAACAGGAAAAGCUUAAUGUUUAUGGUGCUCGGAAUUUGGAGAUCCAAAAAAUCAAAAGUAUUUUGAAAGAAAAGAACUUAAUGGUUUAUGAAAUUCCGACUGAUGGAAAUUGCCUUUACUGUGCUGUUGAUCAUCAGCUUACUCAGAUAGGCGAUCCUGCUCUGGGACUUGAGAAACUUCGAGUAUUGACUAGUAAGAUCCUGUUGGAGAAUGUAGAUGAUUAUCUGCCCUUCAUGAGCCACCCGGAAACUGGAGGCUUGCUUACUGAAGAACAGUACAAGGACUACUGCAACAAGGUGGCCACCACCUCUGCUUGGGGAGGAGAAAUAGAGCUGCAGGCCCUGGCUCGUGUGCUGAAGCGACGCAUUCAAGUUAUCCAGGCUGAGGGUCCAUUUGUUACUGUUGGGGAAGAAUUUCCUGCUGAUAAACAACUAAUGCUGACCUAUCAUCGCCAUAUGUACGGUCUUGGGGAACACUACAACUCUGUGAAGCCUUAUGAAGAACCCGUUGAGGAGACUUCUUGAACAAGAUCCCAUCAUGUUUUGAGUGAAGAAGGACAUGGAUAAGGUUGCUGAACUGGUUUCCCAUUUAUUUUUAAGUAUAUAUCUUCAAUAUAAAUAAUAAUGAAUUUUGGAAAUUGAUAUUCUGAAUUGUUAAUAUCAAGGAAAAUUAAUUAUUCUGUGCUAGCCAAUAAAUGUGUUUGCACCUGCAACAAAUUUAAAUUUUUUUUUUUUUUUUUGCUGGUAAUUAUUGACUCCCAAAUUCGUAUGGUUGGCAAGUUACUUAAAGAAAUGAGAAAUAUACUGAUAUUCACUUGCUGCAAGUGAAGGGUUAAUAACUACAGUAUUACCAUACUAUGUAAAGCCUUGACCAGGCACAGCAUUCCAAUAUAGGUGAUGCACUAAACCUUGUAUAUUGCAUGGCAUCUUGCUGUCCAGUGGUAAAUCUC